AUGACGUCCAUGUGGUCGUCUUUUACUUAUGUCUUGUUGCCACCUGCAGUGGUCUUGUUGCUAUUGAUGACAAUUCCCUUUCCUGGACGCAUGCUUAACCGUGGCAUUGUCAUGCUUGGCGAUCUCAUUUUUAACAUUCGGAUCGGCACACUCAGUAUCUUUUCUGUGAUCACUUUCGUAUCCUUCGUAGUGCUUGGAGCGCAAACAUACGACCUCCAAAAGCGCUACUCUCUUACUAGCGACCCGCACAUUGAGGCACACUACUCUGCGGAUCUGCAGAAAAAGGCUUCGCGCUGGCGUUCUGAGCGCAAUUGGUGGAUUAGCGCGCUCACUUUUACCAUCUAUUGGAUGCUACUGCGUUUUCACGCCAUGAAAAAAAAAUUGCUUAUGGUACAGCUCCACGAAGACUAA